AUGCCAGACGCAGAAGUCGUUGACCAGCUGUUUAGGUCACUGGCUGGAUCCCUUUCCACAGCAUGGACAAGAGACCGUCUGCCGUACAGGUAUCUUGAAACCUUCCACGCUGCCUCUUCUGCGCCCAGUGACGACACGUCUCGCAUUUUCCUCGAGUCUGGGUUCAACGCCUGGGUGGCAUAUCUCAUUGCCAAGCCGACAACAGCGAAUGCUCAGGGACAAGCCGCUCGCCGGCGACACUUCGAGGCAUUGGACCGCCUGCCCGCGAGUGAAAAAAGGAGGCUUGCCUUGAAGGUCAACGAGGUGCCACCCCACCCGACGGUCGCCAGCCUCAGCCGUUCGAUGGAGCAGGAAGCUCGACCAGAUGGCUCGGCUGUUGCCAAUUCGAGACAUUCCAAACGUCGUCGUCUAGAACACGAUGACUUGUUUCCACCGUCAUCCCCCGCAUACCCAUCACCUAGCUAUUCUCAGUCGCUCAACGACAAUGCGCUGGUAUCUCCUGAUGCUGCUCGACGGGCCGAUCCGACUGUGAACGGACCCGUGCCAACUUGGACCCCUCACACCGCGCAGGGGCCUAGCAAGUUGAGCCCAUCCGCAGAGCCGGAAAUACUCACAGGAGCGGACAUAGACGAACUCAAGAUCUUCCCCGAGGUCCUGCGCGAAGCGAUCAAGAGACACGACCGUGUCCCCAGAACCGCUGCCGUGACAUUCGAGUUCCCCAGGGAUAGCAUCGCCGACGUCAAUUGCUUCAUGUCCAUUACGAUCGUCCCAGAGAGGGUUGAGCGCAUCGCAUCCCUCCUGUUCGAUAAUGUGUACCUCGCUACGAACGGAACAUCGCGAGAAUUGAUCUUGCCCGGGGGCUUGUGCGUCUUGGCAAAACGGCUCCACGGGUGUCGUCCCCAGGUUGUCACCGAUGUUCUCGGCGUGACAGUGGCAGCCGCAGUUGAGUCCGCUCCAUGGCGCAAGAUUGAGCUAUCAGAUCGCGGUGUAGAUGAGGCCACUCGCUGCGUCAUGAUGACUGACUUCUCUGACGCGCGUGAUGGUGCCGUCCUCAUCGUCACACUGGGAAGGAGGGAAGCCUCCAAGAUGUACGAGAAGUUGUUCAAGUCAUCGAAAUCAAGAUUCCAGCUCCCUUAG